GGCAGCAGCUGUGGUAAAAGCCGAGGAAGAGGAAGAGAAGAAAGCGCGUCUUGCUCGACCGGGUUGCCGAGAGGAUGAGGCAGUGCUGGGAGUGGGCGCUGCUCCUGUGCGGGGUCGGCAGUCUCCUCGCCUCCAAAGUAAACAAGCACAAGCCAUGGAUUGAAACAUCUUAUCAUGGAGUUAUUACUGAAAACAAUGACACAGUCAUUUUGGAUCCUCCACUGGUUGCUUUGGACAAAGAUGCCCCUGUUCCGUAUGCAGGUGAAAUCUGUGCUUUUAAAAUCCAUGGGCAGGAAAUGCCCUUUGAAGCUGUGGUGCUAAACAAGACAUCUGGAGAAGGUCGUCUUCGAGCAAGAAGUCCAAUUGACUGUGAACUGCAGAAGGAGUACACAUUCAUCAUCCAGGCAUAUGACUGUGGCGCAGGGCCUAGUGGAACAAACUGGAAGAAAUCUCACAAGGCUGUGGUCCAUAUCCAGGUAAAGGAUGUCAAUGAAUUUGCACCAACUUUUAAGGAAACAUCCUACAAGGCUACUGUGACAGAGGGAAAGAUCUAUGACAGUGUAUUGCAGGUGGAAGCCAUAGAUGAGGACUGUUCUCCUCAAUACAGCCAGAUAUGCAAUUAUGAAAUUGUCACAACAGACGUUCCAUUUGCCAUUGACAGGAAUGGGAAUAUCAGAAAUACCGAGAAGCUGAGUUAUGACAAACAGCGUCAGUAUGAGAUAAUGGUUACGGCUUUUGACUGCGGGCAAAAACGUGCAACUGAAGAUGUGUUGGUACGAGUUGAAGUCAAGCCUGUAUGUAAGCCCGGAUGGCAAGACUGGAAUAAGCGUAUUGAGUACAGGCCUGGUUCUGGGAGUAUACCGUUAUUUCCUAGCAUUCACCUGGAGACUUGUGAUGGACCUGUUUCUUCUAUUCAGACCACCAUUGAAUUGCAGACUAACUACAUUGGAAAGGGCUGUGAUCGUGAGACAUACUCUGAAAAAUCCCUGCAAAAAUUAUGCGGGGCGUCAUCAGGUGCCAUUGACUUGUUACCAACUCCCAGUGCAACAACUAACUGGACAGCUGGUCUUCUGAUAGACAGCAAUGACAUGAUUUUUAAAUUUGAAGGGAAACAAGGAGCCAAAAUCCCUGAUGGAAUAGUACCAAAGAAUCUAACAGAUCAGUUUACCAUCACCAUGUGGAUGAAACAUGGCCCAAGUCCAGGAUUAAGAGCCGAGAAAGAAACUAUUCUGUGCAACUCAGAUAAGACAGAAAUGAAUCGGCACCACUAUGCACUAUAUGUGCACAAUUGUCGCCUUGUGUUCCUGUUGCGAAAAGAUUUUGACCAAGCUGAUACCUUCCGUCCUGCAGAAUUCCACUGGAAGCUCGACCAGAUUUGCGAUAAAGAAUGGCACUACUAUGUCGUAAAUGUUGAAUUCCCAGUAGUUACUUUGUAUAUGGAUGGUACAACGUAUGAACCUUACCUUGUAACGAAUGACUGGCCUAUUCAUCCAUCACACAUAGCCAUGCAACUUACUGUUGGCGCUUGUUGGCAAGGAGGUGAAGUCUCUAAACCCAGAUUUGCUCAGUUUUUCCAUGGCAGCCUUGCCAGCCUAACCAUCCGACCAGGCAAAAUUGAGAGUCAGAAAGUGAUUUCCUGUUUGCAAGCCUGCAAGGAAGGUUUGGAUAUUAACUCCCUGGAGAGUCUUGGCCAAGGACUAAAGUAUCACUUCAAUCCUUCCCAGUCAGUACUUGUAAUAGAAGGAGAUGACAUUGUGAAUAUAAAUCAAGCUCUCCAAAAGGUCUCCUAUAUCAACUCAAGACAGUUUCCAACUUCAGGCAUUCGCCGUCUUAAAGUCUCAUCCAAAGUCCAAUGUUUUGGUGAAGAUGUCUGCAUUAGUAUCCCAGAUAUAGAUGCCUAUGUAAUGGUGUUUCAGGCCAAGGAGCCCAAGAUUACAAUAAGUGGGAUGGAUCAUUUUGCAAGACCGGCUGCACAAUUUGAACAAGAAAGAGGCGUGAUUCUUUUACCGGAUAUCAGAAUUGUCAGCACAGUCACUAAAAUGGAACACCCUCCUGACUUGAAGGAAACUGAAGAUAGAGUCCAUAAAUCAGUUACCUUAGAAGAAAUGCACCAUAACUUGGAUUUUUGUGACAUUUUGGUAAUUGGGGCAGAACUGGACCCCACACAUGAGUGUUUAGAACUGGAUCGGACAGAACUUCAAGGAAAACAUUUGGAUGCUACAAACUCCACAGCAGGGUAUUCAAUAUAUGGUGUGGACACAAUGAGAAACUACGCACAAGUCUUGCGACAGUUACGCUAUCGUAAUUGGCACACAUCUUCCCUCUUUGACAGGAAGUUUAGAAUCAAGUGCUCAGAACUUAAUGGACGUUAUACCAGCAAUGAAUUUAAUUUAGAGGUUAAUAUUCUACAUAGCUCCAACUCCAAUACCAUGGAAUAUGUAAAUCAUAUGGUAAUACAGCCACAGUUUCUCCAAUCUAUUCAUCACCCAGAGGAAAGCAUAAACAGUAUUCAUGGCUCAGUUCUUCCAAGUGUGGCUACUAUUGUCAUAGUCGUCUGUGUCAGUAUCUUAGUCUUCAUAAUAGCUUUGGGGGUAUAUAGAAUUCGAGCAGCUUACAAGCACAGCUCAAAGGAGAGUGAAAGUAGUAAAGAAAAUGAAAUGGACUGGGAUGAUUCAGCUCUGACCAUCACUGUCAAUCCUAUGGAGAAAUAUGAAGAACCUCGUCGUAUACAAGAAGAAAGCGAAGAAGAGGAAGAGGAAGAGGAAGAUACAACCAGUGCUGAAUCAGAUGAAAGUGAAGAGGAAGAAGAGGAGGAAGAGGAGGAAGAGGAAGCAGCAGCUAUUGGAAAUAAAGGAGACAAACAAAAUGCAACCAGGCAAGAUCAGCUGGAGUGGGAUGAUUCAACACUACCCUACUAGAAACCCUUAGUUUUAUUGCUCCUUUUGUAUACACCAAUACUGUGUAUUUCUGAGUCAAUCCUACUGCGUCAACCCCAUCUUGGAUCUAUGAGUUAAUUGGCAGGAUUUAACUCUAUUGACUUCAGAUGAUAGAACUGCAUUGCCUGAAUUUGAUGUAGUUGUAUCAAACUGCUCCAGAUAGUUAUUCCUUUCCUAGUGUAUGGGUAAUGGCACCUGGUAAAAGCACAGGGUACAACCAUUUAUGUCUCACCUGUGAUAAUGCCAACCUGAUGCCAUAUGUUCCUUACCACUUCUCCCUUUCCAGGAAACUCCAGUAUCUUCUAAUAAGAUAAAUAAGAAUAUGCAAAAGUCCUGUUUGCCAGUCCAUAAAGGAUACAGUUCAGCUUUUCUUUUUCUUUUUCUAUUUAAGUGUAUUCUGAGAGUCCAAGUAGACAUGCCCCCUUUCUGGGUUUCGUUCAACUUUGGUUUAAGAAUCCUAUGUUCAGAAGGAAAAAUGUAGGUGCUACUCAUUAGGGCAACAUUAAUUUGCUCUCAUUUCCACUGUUCUGUUUUAAUUAAUUGCCUUCUGUAAGAGGGAUUCAGAGUACUUUAAAGUGUGUGUG